ACUCUCUCACGCGCAAUCGAUUGGCAAGCGGCUGCUGUCUCUGCCGCAAUUCGUAAUUCGCACUCUUUCUGUGACACAAAAUUUAUCGAUUUGUGGUCGCUUCGAAAGUAAGCCGAGUUCGACAUCAUCUGAAGUCACUGCCCGACGUCUUCUUUCUCCGAAAAUUCAAGUCCCGGACGGCAAUAUUUGGCAAUUUCUACUCGACUAUUCAGCACGCGUAUCAAACCCAAUCCAUACUUUUCCGUUUGUUUUCGUCUUGCCCUUUUGAGUAAAAAUGGUGCGCGUGUGCCGAGUAGUCCCUAAAGACUGGUCUAAAUUUCAACCGGUUGGCAAUGUCAUUCCACGAACCCGAUUCAUUGUUUUCAAGACACCAAUCAACAGUCAGUUAUCCACGAAAAUUCAUAAAGAGCAGAGAUUCACAACAAAUGAUUUAUUUCGACAGUUAUCGGAACGUGGUCAGUACCUUGGAUUAGUGGUCGACUUAUCAGACACGGACAGAUACUAUGAUAAAAAGGAUAUUACUGGCAUGUGUGUACAAUAUGAGAAAGUCAACUGUCCUGGGAGAGGGUUUAUCGAAAGAGAUGAUUGCGUUGAGUCCUUCCAUCAAGUAAUUCAAGAUUAUACUGACAAAUGCGACGAUCCAGAUGCUUUGAUUGGAGUACACUGCACUAAUGGUAUUAAUCGAUGUGGCUAUCUGAUCUGCCGUUUUUUGAUUGACCGGCUUGGAUGGAGUUCACAUGAAGCAAUUGACGCAUUCGAACAAGCCAGAGGAUAUUCGAUUGAAAAGGGAGCAUAUGUGAUGGCUUUGCACAAGGCUGCUAAAGACAAGCGAGAUAAACAAGUGGAUUCGGAUUCCGACUCGUCUGAGCGCCAAAGAAAGAAGAAGAAUAAGAGAAAACACCGUGAAAUUGUGGAACAUGAAAAUAUUGUGCUCAUUAAUACAAUUAUUGGCGAGUUGGGAAGUCAAGCUGCCAGCGUAUCUGGAACCGACUAUCAAAAUUCACCAAACGGAGUAUCCGUGGACCCAGGACAACCACAACCGCACCACUGGGGAUUCGCUAUCAAGAGAUCGAAAUACGCUCAACUCAAUCAACCUGUUGCAAACGGAGCCAAUACACCACCUGAGCCGUCAGAAGGAACACCACAAGAAGAAGAAGAGUUCGAGGAAGACUUUGAAGAGAUUGAAGAAGAGACGGAAACAGAACCAGGAAAAGGGCAAUCAGUAUCAUCUAAAAGACGUGCACGAAGGAAUAGAAUGCAAAAGUACAUGCAGGUUAUGCAACGCGGAAGAUUCCAUGAAAUUCAAGCUAUUCGAGAAGAGGUCGCAUUAAGUCACGGCAGUGCCAGAGAUUAGGAGGCAGUGCUUCGUUCUUCUAUUAAAUUUUUUAGACUUUGUGAAUCAUUUUGCUCAAUCAUUUUCGUCUCCACAAUGUUCUCCCUGUUCAACUUUUGAUCUUUUAUCGUUCCACUCUUGUACCUGACUUUAAACGUGCACUACGCACAUUAUUCAUAUUGUUAUAAUUAAUCAAUUUUUAUGAACUUUGUGAUAAUUCCA